AUGUGCGCGUUUUCCGAAGAACAAAAUUAUUCAUUUAAAUGGAUAACAUAUUUGGUUGUUAUUAUCGCAACGCCAUUACUAUAUUCACAUUUUUACGAUUGUUGUAAUGAAAAAUGGCAUAAAAAUUGGAUUAUUUGUUUUCUCGUGUCAUCGUUUGCCAUAUGGUGUCUGAGCACUUUGAUUAUUUUCAUAAUAUGGUUUUUUUGUAGAAGAUGUUUAGGGACAAGAUUAAACGAAUCCGAUUUUCCUUUGACUGAAACGAAAAAAGAAAAACAAUUAAACGAUGGCGGUGUGACGAAAGAAAAAAUUUCACAAAAAUCAGAGGAUAAAUUUAAAAAUUCAAAUAAUUUAUUAAAAUUACCGGAAUUCAAUUCUAAUAAUAAUUUAACCGUUGUUAAAAUGACCGAGAAUGGUCACGACGAAAACGGGAUACUCCCGAAAGUCGAUUGUCCCAUUCCAGUAAGUGAAAGUCAACAUUAUAUUCAAACGGAGAUUCCAGAAGACAAAACGUGUCAGACUCCAGUUAAAACGCCACGUGAAAUUUUUUUUAAAGAUAUGAUAGAAGCUGCUAACAUGGCUAGGAAAAAUGAUUUGUAUUUUGAUUUUGAUCCUGAAAAAAUAACGGAAAAUAUUAAAAAAAAAUAUGAAAAUGAUGGUAAUGUUGAUGAUGGUGAUGGUGGUGGUGAUGGUGAUGCAGAAGAUGAAAUAUUUGAUGAUGAUGAUGAUGAUGAUUUGAAAACUCAUAAUGAUAAUAAUACAUUUUUCAUUGGUUCACAUAAAGAGAGAGAAAAUUCAACAUCAGAAAUAUUUUUAACACUUGGCCAUGAAGGAAUAACAAUAAAUGAACCUGUUGUUUUAGGACAAUUUCAAAUACUUAAAUAA